AUGUGGAGAGGUUCGGAAAUAACAGAAGAUGAAAUAGGAAGACAGAUUGAAAGACUGAAAAGAGGAAAGGUUAGAAGGGAUGGAAUCCAGAACGAAGCGUGGAUGUUCGGGACAGAAGGAGUGAAAGACAGGAUAUGGGCAGUGGUAGAUGGAGUUUGGAAAGGAAAAGGGUUUCCUGGGCAGUGGAGAGAAGGAUGUGAAGGAUUGAGAGAAUCGGAAGAAAUUAGGGAAGAAGUGCUAAACGAGGAUGGAAGAGGAUUGGACUGGAUGAAAGACGUACGAAAGUCAGUGGUUUAUUGCCUGGACACGAAGAUGAUCCGAAAAUCAUUUUUUAUUGUUUGCUUAUUUUUAAAUUUAUUUUUAUUUUCAUGUGAGGAGGAUCAAGAAGAGUUUGACGUGAGUUCCACGACUCAGCUACCACCUGACUCUCUCAGAAUCCAAGAAGCUCUAACGAAACAGAUUAACAGAUUUCAAGAAUAUGUUAACACUAGCCUAGAAGCUCUAGAAGCAGCGAAUAUGAAGCAAUUAGAAGAGCUAAAGCACCGUCUAGAAACACUAGAUUCGGUCAAAACUUUAAAUCUAAAGAAAAUAUUUCAUAGUCUAGGAACUCUUGUGUCCACAAUAUAUUUAAAGUUAGACCGUCGUCGACAAACUUUCGAAUCCCUAAAAACCGCACAAUUAAAACAGUUAACACUUCGCACUGAAGCUUUCGAACGCACAAAAGACUUAAAGCUAUUGCAAUUUAAACAGCGUCUAGAAGAAUUCGAACCCGUAUUGAGUUUAAAGUUCCAAAAGUUAAUACAUCGUCUGAAAUUUCUUAAAGCAAAAAAUGAAAUAUUGCUUUAUCUGAAGCAACAAAGAGGGAAUUUUCCACUCGACUGUGAAGAAGUCAAAAGAGAGGGAUACAAUCUUUCCACCACCUACCGUAUUAAAGCAAACUCUGCUCCUAAAGCUAUAGAAGUUCUGUGUGACUUAAAAAAGAAGGGGGGUGGAUGGACGUACAUUCUACGUUGGUUUCAUGUAUCACAAUUUGGCCAUGGUUUUGACGAAUAUAAAAAAGGAUUUGGUGAACUUUCGGGUGAGUUUUGGCUAGGCCUGGAUAACAUUCAUCAUUUAACUGGUUAUGAAGAUAACGAAUUGCUGGUAGAACUCGUAGUCCGGGACGGCACAUCAGUGUUCACCCAUUAUGAUCGAUUCAGAGUGGGCAAUGAAGACGACGAUUAUACAAUUACUGUGUCAGGGUAUAGCGGUACCGUUGGAGAUUCUUCCUCUUCUGAAAGCAACACGAAAUUUAGUAGACAAAAGAACGACUUGGAUAACUGGUGGUCAGGAAGAUGUGUCGUAGAAUUAGCUGGACGUUGGUGGUAUAACGACUGUAUGAGUUGUCUUCUCUCGAGAAUACACUUGAAACACUGUUUGUACACCUCGAAAGAAAGUAAAAUUAUGUACUGGUUUGAAUCCCGGAGUUCCCAACAUAGUUUCAAGGAAGCUAGAAUGAUGGUUAGACCUAGAAUUCAUCCAAAUGACUAGAAAUGAUGGAAGCAGCACAUUUUUUUGUAAACUGUGGGUGUGACAUAAUAAUAAAACCAACUUUAUUUAAUACUUAAA